UGUUUGCAAAGUAAUUUGCCUCUUCCUUGGCCAAUGAGAACCAGAUCACUUUUCCACCAAACCACCCUUUUCACGAUUUGCAGAGGGGCUAGCUUCUCCAAAUGUCACUGCUACGGGAUCAGAGGCAGACUUAGAUAUCUGCUCGAUACUUUACUUCGAAACGUUGUUUUAUAAGCUAUCAGGACGGAUGAAGACUGAAGGAUCUAUACGGAUUUGGGCACAUAAUGUUGGGAUGGAGUUGGAAGACUUUGGCUCAAGGAAAGACUAGAAUAUAUUCUCCAAACUUUUACCCGGUGGAUGCGCUAGUAUUCUAUCUUGGAUUAUUGUCGCUUUUGCUGAACUCGCACAGUUUCUCUCUUGCUUCGCUCUGUGCUUUGUUUUCUUGUUUGGACUAUGGCCUCGGAUCCCAGAGUCCCAGGGGCCGGUGUUUUUGGAGAUUUACCCCCAAGUUAUACGCGUUCUCCGCCGCAAGUAAACUCAGAUCUUCUCCGGAGACCCAGUUACUGCCACGCUGCUUUCGCAUUAAAACAGAUUUCUAAGGGGAAGGCUGUGGGUCAGAAAGCCCCGUUGUGGAUUCGGGCGCGGUUCCAGGCUCUUCUCUUUUCUUUGGGCUGUCACAUCCAGCGACAUUGUGGAAAAGUCCUUUUCAUUGGACUGCUUGUGUUCGGUGCCUUGUCUGUGGGUUUGCGGGUCGCUGCCAUUGAGACGGACAUUGAGCAACUAUGGGUGGAAGCAGGUAGCCGAGUGAGUCGGGAGCUGCGCUACACCAAGGAGAAGCAGGGAGAGGAGUCUGUGUUCACGUCGCAGAUGCUCAUACAAACCCCCAAACAGGAAGGAACUAACAUUCUGACCCAGGAUGCUUUGCUGCUUCACCUGGAGGCAGCGCUCUCGGCCAGCAAGGUCCAGGUGUCUCUGUUUGGAAAAUCAUGGGACCUUAAUAAAAUCUGCUACAAAUCUGGAGUCCCUAUCAUAGAAAAUGUAAUGAUUGAAAGGAUGAUUGACAAGCUGUUCCCCUGUAUGAUUGUUACCCCACUGGACUGUUUCUGGGAAGGUGCAAAGCUCCAGGGGGGGUCAGCAUACUUACCGGGGAUGCCUGACAUCCAGUGGAUGAACCUGGACCCUCUGAAGCUGAUGGAGGAGCUCAGCCAGUUCACCAGUCUGGAGGGCUUCAGGGAGAUGCUGGACAAGGCCCAGGUGGGCCACGCCUACAUGAACCGCCCCUGCCUGGACCCCAACGACUCCGACUGCCCCCUCAGCGCCCCCAACAAGGACUUGAGAGAGAGUCCUGACAUUGCUGGGCGUCUCCAAGGCGGUUGCCACGGCUUCUCCAAAAAGUUCAUGCACUGGCAGGAGGAGCUGAUCCUGGGCGGUCGGGUCAAGGACACCCAGAAUGCUUUGCAGAGUGCGGAGGCACUCCAGACCAUGUUUCUCCUGAUGAGCCCCAAGCAGCUCUACGAGCACUUUAAGGAUGACUAUGAGAUCCAUGACAUCAACUGGAACGAGGACAAGGCCACCGCCAUCCUGGAGUCCUGGCAGAGGAAGUUUGUGGAGGUGGCUCAUGGCAGUAUCCCCCAGAACUCCACUUCAGAGAUCCACGCCUUCUCCACCACCACCCUCAACGACAUCAUGAAGUCCUUCUCUGAUGUCAGUGUCAUCCGGGUGGCUGGAGGCUACCUGCUCAUGCUGGCCUACGCCUGUGUGACCAUGCUCCGUUGGGACUGUGCCAAGUCUCAGGGGGCUGUGGGGCUGGCUGGUGUGCUCCUGGUAGCUCUGUCUGUGGCAGCUGGCCUGGGGCUGUGCUCUCUGCUGGGCCUGUCCUUUAACGCUGCCACCACACAGGUACUCCCCUUCCUGGCUCUGGGGAUCGGUGUGGAUGACAUGUUCCUUCUGGCCCACUCCUUCACUGAGACUGGCAUCAACAUCCCCUUUAAGGAGAGGACAGGGGACUGCCUGAGGAGGACUGGCACCAGCGUGGCACUCACCUCCAUCAACAACAUGAUUGCCUUCUUCAUGGCAGCCCUGGUCCCCAUCCCAGCACUGCGCGCCUUCUCUCUGCAGGCGGCCAUUAUUGUGGUGUUCAACUUCGCCAUGGUGCUUCUCAUCUUCCCGGCCAUCCUGAGUUUGGACCUGCACCGUCGGGAGGAUAAGCGUCUGGACAUCCUGUGUUGUUUCUACAGCCCCUGCUCCUCCCGGGUCAUCCAAAUCCAACCCCAGGAGUUCUCCGAUGCCAACGACAACACCACCCACAGUCAUGCGCCUGGCGCCCAGACUACUACGAGCUACACCGGCUCCACCAUCACCACCAGUACCCAGAUCACUACCACCGUCCAGGCCUUCACCCAGUGUGACGCGGCGGGCCAGCACAUAGUCACCAUCCUGCCCCCCACCUCCCAGAUCUCCACCAGCCCUCCCUCUGUGGUGGUGGCCUCCUCCCCCACCGACCCCUACGGCUCCCAGCUUUUCACCCCCUCCAGCUCCACCCGGGAUCUCCUGGCCCAGAUGGACGAGUCCAAGGAGGCCAGGGAGUGUGUUCCUCUCCCCUUCUUCCGCUGGAACCUGUCAAGCUUCGCCCGGGACAAGUACGCUCCUCUCCUCCUAAAGCCAGAGAGCAAGGUGGUGGUUGUGGUCCUCUUCGUGACUCUGCUGGGGCUCAGCCUCUACGGAACCACCAUGGUCCACGACGGACUCUACCUGACAGACAUUGUGCCCCGCGACACCAAGGAGUACGACUUCAUCAAUGCCCAGUUCAAAUACUUCUCUUUCUACAACAUGUACCUGGUGACCAUGGAUGGCUUUGACUACCCCCGAUCCCAGCAUCUCCUCAUCCAGCUGCACAACUCCUUCACCUCGGUCAAGUACGUGGUGAGGGACAGCGACCAGCAGCUGCCCCGGAUGUGGCUGCACUAUUUUCAGGACUGGCUAAGAGGACUGCAGGCUGCCUUCGAUUCAGACUGGGAGGCAGGCAGGAUCACCUGGGAUAACUACCGUAACGGCACCGAGGAUGGUGUUCUGGCCUACAAGCUGCUCAUCCAGACCGGCUCCAAGAAGGACCCCUUCAACUACAACCAGCUGACUUCUCGUCGUCUGGUGGAUGAGGACGGUCUAAUUCACCCGGAGGUCUUCUAUAUCUACCUGACUGUGUGGGUGAGCAACGACCCUCUGGGCUACGCUGCCUCUCAGGGUAACUUCUACCCUCACCCCCGUGAGUGGAUCCACGACAAGUACGAUACCACCGGAGAGAACCUGCGCAUCCCUGCUGCAGAGCCCCUGGAGUUUGCCCAGUUCCCCUUCUACCUGAACGGCCUGAGGCAGGCGUCCGACUUCAUCGAGGGUAUUGAGAGCGUGCGCGCCAUCUGCGAGGAGUUCACCCGUAAAGGCGUGCGCAACUACCCCAACGGGUACCCCUUCCUGUUCUGGGAGCAGUACAUCGGCCUGCGACACUGGUUCCUCCUGGCGGUCAGCGUGGUGCUAGCCUGCACCUUCCUCGUCUGUGCCAUCCUCCUGCUCAACCCCUGGACCGCUGGCAUCAUUGUCUUCAUCCUGGCUAUGAUGACGGUGGAGCUCUUCGGUAUUAUGGGCCUGAUAGGCAUCAAGCUCAGUGCCAUCCCAGUGGUCAUCCUCAUCGCCUCUGUAGGCAUCGGUGUCGAAUUCACCGUCCAUAUCGCACUGGCCUUUCUGACGGCCGUAGGGAAUAGGAACAGGCGUUCUGCGGUGGCCCUGGAGCACAUGUUUGCCCCUGUGAUUGACGGGGCCAUCUCUACUUUGCUGGGCGUCCUCAUGCUGGCUGGCUCCGAGUUUGACUUCAUCCUGAGGUACUUCUUUGCGGUGCUGGCUAUCCUGACUGUGCUGGGGAUCCUGAAUGGACUGGUGCUGCUACCCGUGCUGCUCUCCCUCAUGGGCCCACCCCCGGAGGUCACCCCGUCCGACAACGGCAGCUGCCUGCCCACCCUGUCGCCAGAGUCCCUCCCCCCUCCCAUGACCCACCACGGCUACUACGCGGGACACGGCCCACUCGGCCCCCGACAACAGGCCUUCUCAGAGUCCUCCGAGUCAGAGUACUACUCUGAGACGACUACCACGUCAGGGAUAGGAGAGGAGGAGUACAAGUACUGUGACCGCAGUCCUUACAUCACACCUCCUACUUCCCAUAUACUACUGGAGGCCAGCAAGAACCCCAGCUUCCCCAAGCUCACGGUGGUGAAACCGUUCAAAGGGAACCAAUCUGUAACUGCUCAGAAAGAACUUUUAAAUGAAUCUUCUCCGAAUGCGGUGAACUCCGUCAGCUCUCAACUCAUGCAGUGGGAUAACAAACAUGAUUACAAUUCUGACCAGGGACCCAGGAGGCAACAUUUACCCAGUGACAGGACCCACGGUCCUGGGAGGACUAAUCACUGUGGUCCCAGGUCUCAGACACACAAAGGGCCUCAUCAGAACAGGACUAAGAUGCCGGCCUGUAAUGUCGGUAUCAUGCCCAGUAGUGCUGUUACUACCAUGGUUACGGCCACGGCCUCGGUGACUGUGGCGGUGCACCCCAGCUUGCCGGGGGCCUACCAGGGUUACAUGCAUGAGGGCUACGAGGACAGUGAAUCAGACUGUUUUGAGGACACUAAGAGGACUUCACAAUCUUGUGGGAAAGCUCCCCAAUCUUCCAAGCGUGAAUCCUUAGAGCUUCAAGACCUGGAAUCUGUACAGAACCACUAUCAGGCGAACCAGGCACAAGGUGGCCCAUGGAUCCAGGCAGCCAAAGAUUGCUAGACACCCUGCUACCCCACGCUUCCCCUAUGUCUGGAAUCCUUCUCUGGCUGCCCCCGAUACCCAGCCCUUUCUCUUUGAUCUGUACAUAGACCUCACACAGACAAGAGGAUUUAUUUGUAAAGAUAUUAAAAAAAGGUAUUGUUUUAA